UGUUGCCCUCCUUUCUGCCCUCGGCCUGCAGGAGGCCCAGUGAAUAUAUUGCCACCAUCUUGGAGCUCAGUGCCCUUGUAGAGAAAAGAAGCCAGCGUAUCUUCCAGCACAUGGACUUUCUGUAUUACCUCACCCAAGAUGGGCAGCGCUUCCGCAGGGCCUGCCGCCUAGUGCAUGACUUCACAGACGCUGUCAUCCAGGAGCGGCGCCGCACCCUCCCCACUCAGGGUAUUGAUGAUUUCCUCAAGGACAAAGCCAAGUCCAAGACUCUGGAUUUCAUUGAUGUGCUUCUGCUGAGCAAGGAUGAAGAUGGAAAGGCGUUGUCAGAUGAGGAUAUAAGAGCAGAGGCUGACACCUUCAUGUUUGCAGGCCAUGACACCACCGCCAGUGGUCUCUCCUGGGUCCUGUACAACCUUGCGAGGCACCCAGAAUACCAGGAGCGCUGCCGACAGGAGGUGCAAGAGCUUCUGAAGGAUCGCGAUCCUAAAGAGAUUGAAUGGGACAACCUGGCCCAGCUGCCCUUCCUGACCAUGUGCCUGAAGGAGAGCCUGCGGUUACAUCCCCCAGCUCCCUUCAUCUCCCGACGCUGCACACAGGACAUUGUUCUCCCAGAUGGCCGAGUCAUCCCAAAAGGCAUUAUCUGCAUGAUCAAUAUUAUAGGAGUCCAUCACAACCCAACUGUGUGGCCGGAUCCUGAGGUCUAUGACCCCUUCCGCUUCGACCCAGAGAACAGCAAGGAGAGGUCACCUCUGGCUUUUAUUCCCUUCUCCGCAGGGCCCAGGAACUGUAUCGGACAGGCGUUCGCCAUGGCGGAGAUGAAGACUGUCCUGGCACUGAUGCUGCUGCACUUCCGGUUCCUGCCGGACCACACUGAGCCCCGCUUGAAGCCGCAGGUGAUCCUGCGCGCCGAAGGCGGGCUUUGGCUGCGGGUGGAGCCCCUGAACGCAGGCUUGCAGUGACGCUCUGAUCCAUCCACCUCUUUUUUUGCAGAUUCUAAUGAA